AUGAAGCAGACUCUGAUCCUGUCCACCUUGGCUUUUCUGGCGUCUUGCGUCUCAGCCUCGCCUACUCCCACUGUCCAUGAUGACGCCAUUGUAGACCCACGCAGCAUUGAGAAGAGGGCUGCAAUUACUGACGCGGCGGAUGUCGGAUACGCCACUCAGAAUGGAGGGACUACUGGAGGCCGCGGUGGAACCACCACUACUGUGUCCACACUGGCCCAGUUCACGGCAGCUGUCGGUUCCAGCAGCGCGGCUAUCGUCGUCGUCAGCGGAGCCAUCUCAGGAUCCGCCAAGGUCAAGGUCACCUCGAACAAGUCCAUCAUUGGAAAGUCUGGUAGCUCCCUGACUGGAAUCGGCCUGACCAUCAACAAGCAAAGCAACGUCAUUGUGCGAAAUUUGAAGAUUUCGAAGGUCCUUGCGGACAAUGGAGAUGCCAUCACGAUCCAAGCAUCCAACAACGUGUGGGUGGAUCAUGUUGACGUUUCGAGCGAUCUCGACCAUGACAAGGACUACUACGAUGGCCUGAUCGAUGUAACACAUGCUUCGGAGUGGGUGACAAUCUCCAACACCUAUAUUCACGACCACUACAAGGCUUCUCUCGUCGGUCACUCCGACUCCAACAGUGCUGAAGACACCGGCCACUUGCACGUGACCUAUGCCAACAACUACUGGAGCAACAUCAACUCGCGUGCGCCAUCUUUCCGAUUUGGAACUGGACACAUCUUCAACAGCUACUUCUCCUCCGUCAGCACCGGCAUCAACACCCGCAUGGGCGCGCAGCUCCUGGUCGAGUCAUCUGUCUUCGAGAACAGCGGAUCCAAGGCUAUCUACUCGGCUGACAGCGACACCGUUGGCUAUGCUGUUGUCAACGACGUGAACCUCGGAGGCUCCGCCAACACGGCCGGCGCCGGAACCCUCAAGAGCGUCCCAUACUCGUACUCCAAGCUCGGCUCCGGCAACGUCAAGAGCAGCGUCGUUGCUAACGCUGGCCAGAAGCUCAGCUUCUAA